GGGAUCAACCAAGUCAAUCGCCAUUCAUUCGCAGCGCUAGGUCAUACGUCGCUCAAGACGCAAUUGUUAUCAUAACCCUGAUCACUUAUCUUUUAUGUUUCGCGUCAACUUUACACCUGCGGUGCCAAAACCUGACACUGACGAGCCGAUGGCUGCGAAAGAAGAGGAACCGUGCCAUAUUGCACCAUGCUGGUCCAUUAUACUAGAUAAUACAUGGGCUCACUUGCGGCCCGGCGAACGGGCGGCGCUGGCGGAGACGUGCAAGGACGCGUACAGCAUUAUUCGGCACCGCCUGCAGACGCACGUUAGCCUGCAUGUAUCAUCGGCACUGGCGGAGCACCUGGCGGGGCAGGGGUUGACACCGCUCAAGACGCGCUUCCCCUUCUCCACUCGCCUGACGCUGUGCUUCGACAAGGACGUGAUGGAGGAGGAGGACGGCCCGGCCGCCAGCAACGAGGAGCGCGGGCGGGCGGCGUGCGCGGUGCUGGCGGCUCUGGGGCAGCACGCCGGCAUCACAGCCUGCAGGCUGGACCGCUGGGACUACCUGCCCGGCUCCGCCGCCGCCGCGCUGCUGUCCUGCCUUCCCUCGCUGUCCUCCCUGGAGCUGUCGGGCAGCUACCGGGUGGACCUGGAGGCACUUCUGCUGGCGCCGCCGCCCGGGCUGGCGGGGGUCACCUGCCUCAGGGUGAACGCCGACCACAUCCUGCUUGCGCCCGACCUGCUGCGCACCGCGCCGCCGCCCACACAGCUGAGGGAGCUGCGGCUCAGCGGAGUGCAGGUGAACGACCAGCCCAGUGACAACGACCUGUGUGCGGCGGUGGGGGUGCUCACUCAGCUCACACAGCUGGAGCUGGUCACCUUCAGCGCCGCCACUCGGCCGGGCAUGGUGGCGCUGCGCGGCAUCCACAACGAGACCCUGCGCGGCCACCCCCUGGCGCGGCUGCCGGCAUCGCUGAGCCAACUCACAGCACUGCGCAUACUGGUGGUGUCUGACCAGCACCUGGAGCUGCGUGCCGCCAACGCGCUGCUGGGCUGCCUGCCCGCCCUGCCGCACCUGGAGGAGCUGGUCAUGCCAGAGGCCAGGACCAAGGAGGAGGGCUGGCUGGCUCUGCAGCAGAUGACCUCCCUCACCCGAGUGCACCUGUACAGCAUUGAGCUCAAGGGACAGACCCGGCAGAAGGCUCCCGGCAGCAUCACCUGGUGGCGCAAGUUGCGGCUGGAGGACACAUGCCUGCCCGAGCUGGCAGCCAUUUGCCCGCUGCCGGGCCUGGUGUCCUUCAUCGCCACGCUGUACAUGCGCUACGGCGACGGCCCGCCGCCCGCCAAGGACUUUGCCGGCAUGGACCGAGUGCUGGCCACACUGGGCGCGGCGGAGGAGGUGCGGCUGUGGCUGGAGCUGGACUGCGACAUAUGGCCGGGCCUGUCGCGCAUCCUGGGUCAGCUGCCGGGGCUGGCCGAGGUGGUGGUGCGCGCGAGGGCGCCGCACCCGCUGGCGGCGCCCGACCUGGCGGCGCUGCUGGGGGCGGCCACCCGGCUGCUCAUCGCUGCGCCAACAAUGGCUGAGAAGCCAGCCACAGUAAACGCGGAGCUCGUGAAGGAGAUGGACGCUGCGCCGAAGAAGUACCCAUACUCGCUUGACUCAGAGGGCAAGUACCUGGACAUCAACAACGCUGCCAUCAGCGACGAGGGCCUCAAGCCCCUGGCCGGACUGCCCCAGCUGGUCAAGGUGUGUCUGGGCCUGGUCCGGCGGUGCGAGCAACAGGAGGGCCACACGCCCGCCGCCGUGCAGUGGCUUGCAGGGCUGAUGGCGGCGCGGGGGCGGCCGUGCCUGGUGGUGGCGCCGCACCUGCUGGACGACGAGCUGCAGCUGCUGGAGGAUUGGCAGGCGGCGGACCCCGGCCCCCGAGGCGGCCUGCCCAUCUCCGAGGCCCUCCCGCACUUGGCGCUGCCGCUUCCCGGCGACCCAGCCUUCUCCGCCGGGCCCUUCUUCCUCGCACACCAGCAGCAACAACAAAACGGAGGCGCGGGCGGGGGCGGGGGCGGCGGGGCGGGGCAUUAUGGGGGAGGAGGAGAGGGCGCCCGCUUCGCGGGCGGCGGCGGCGGCGGCGGAGGUGGCGGCGGCGGCGGCGGCCCGGGUCCCGGCGGCAGCCCCAGCGGCAGCUACAGCAUGGUGGACCCGGAUGACCCGGUAGUGCUGCUGAGCAACACAGUAAACGACUUCUUCCGGCGUGUGGAUUUGUGAGAGGGUUACAUCAUGGGGUUGCAUCCAUGAUUAAGGAAGUGGGAGACGGUAGACCAUCUUGGGGGACAGCAAAGAAGCAGGGGGGGAGUGUGAGGGGGAGGGUGGUGGGGGAGGGCGGGUGUUGUGCGAGGAAAGGUGUGAGGGAGGGAAGUGUGAGGGGGAGGGGGCUUGUCGUGUUGGGGUUCUUGUUCGGCGUGUGGUUGCGAUCAGGCAGGCAGGCAGGCUGCGUGUGGUGGGGCAAAGGCCAAAGGGCCGUGGGAGGAGGAGGAGGAAUCGCCAGAGGGUGGCAAGCUAGGACAUACGUACAGACAGGCAGCUCCUGGAGGAUACAAUUGAAGGAAAUCUGGACGGAGUGUGAGUGCUACGGCCAUGCAUGAUGCGACCAUGAAUGUGAUUACCCCUGUUGACACAAUGCACGUUGGCGAGAGUUGGUGAUAUGAAUUGGUACGGCAAUGCACCGCAUGUCGCUGCGGAGGCAUGUUGACUCGGGAUGCCGCGCCAGCAAAUUGCGGUGGCGGGGCGGGGGGCCAAGUCAGGUCCAUAAGGUCGUGGUGGAGGCUUGAGGCUGGUCCGCAGCUCACGUAGCAAGGCUGCUUCGAAACGGGAGUCAGAGCUUUUUGGUCAAAUGGUCAGAGUGCAUUGUGGAGCUUUUGCACACCGUGAAACUCCGUGCUGUAAGAUGCGGCGCUUGGAACCAGGGGAGAGGGUGCUUGGAACGUGCAGGCUGGGUGGGCUGGGUAGGCGGAUCAACACAGAUACGAGGCUGGUCGAACGAUAGUAAGGCAGGUUCGCUUCGGAACGUGGUCACAGCGCGGAGGUUACCUCAAGGUUGCAGGUCUUUUUUUAUGGGUGCAAGGGUGAUCCUGUAAGGAGCUUCUGGU